AUGUCAGUUUCGACAGCGAAGAAUUUGGAGUUAGUGCUUCAGAAAAUUGAAGCGGCGUUUGCAAAGGUUGAAAACACUGGCCAGCCAUUCCCACAGUUAGUUGCUGUUUCAAAAACAAAGCCUCUAGGACUUGUUAUCGAGGCUUACAAUGCUGGCCAGAAGGCAUUUGGGGAAAAUUAUAUUCAGGAGCUAGUUGAAAAAAGCAAUAAUGAGGAGCUUGAGGUUAAAUGUCCGGAAAUCCAGUGGCACUUUAUUGGGAGACUACAGUCUAAUAAAAUCAAACUGCUUACCUCCGUUCCUAACCUGGCUAUGGUGCAGACAGUGUCUAGUUUGAAAAUUGCAAACCUACUCAAUAGCGCAUGGCAAAAAGUGUCCAGCAGGCCUCUUGAUGUUCUGAUUCAAGUCAAUACCAGUGGUGAAGAACAGAAGGGUGGAGUUGCUGUCUCGGACCUCGUCGACCUAUAUAAAGCUGUAUUCGAAUGCUGCCCCCACCUUAAUUUGCGUGGAUUAAUGACAAUCGGGAGGUAUGGUUACGAUGAAAAUCUCGAACCUAAUCCUGAUUUCUCGUGUCUGUAUGAUUGCAGAAAUAUGGUCUGCGAUGCACUGGGCAUCUCGAAACAUUCGCUUCAUUUAAGUAUGGGAAUGUCUUCAGACUAUGAGAUGGCCGUAAUUAUUCUUCAUUUAUUACAACUUGGUACUUUAUUGUCUAGAUUACAAUGGGUAGCACUCUGGUUCGUGUUGGUUCUCACAUAUUUGGGUCUCGCCAAUAAAACUAUUCAUUAUACUCGUUUUCCUUCUUCAAUUAAUGUGUAG